GUGUGGGGUCGGGGUCCGGGGCUGCGGCCGGCCUGGCCAUGCUGCAGCUGCGGGACUCGGUGGACUCGGCGGGCACGAGCCCCACGGCAGUGCUGGCGGCCGGCGAGGAGGUCGGCGCGGGCGGCGGGGGCGCGGGCGCGGGCGGGGGCGCGGGCGGGGGCGGGGGGCGGCCGGGCGCGGGCACGCCGCUGCGCCAGACGCUGUGGCCGCUCAGCAUCCACGACCCCACGCGCCGCGCCCGCGUCAAGGAGUACUUCGUGUUCCGGCCCGGCACCAUCGAGCAGGCGGUGGAGGAGAUCGGCGUGGUGGUGCGGCCGGUGGAGGACGGCGACAUCCAGGGCGUGUGGCUGCUGACCGAGGUGGACCACUGGAACAACGAGAAGGAGCGGCUGGUGCUCAUCACCGACCAGGCGCUGCUCAUCUGCAAGUACGACUUCAUCAGCCUGCAGUGCCAGCAGGUGGUCCGCAUAGCCCUCAGCGCGGUGGACACCAUCUCCUGCGGGGAGUUCCAGUUUCCCCCCAAGUCGCUCAACAAGCGAGAAGGUUUUGGGAUUCGCAUUCAGUGGGACAAGCAGAGCCGCCCUUCGUUCAUAAACAGGUGGAACCCCUGGUCCACCAACGUGCCCUACGCCACGUUCAUAGAGCACCCGAUGGCCGGUGCGGAUGAGAAGACGGCCUCUCUGUGCCAAUUGGAAAGCUUCAAAGCUAUGUUAAUCCAAGCUGUCAAAAAAGCCCAGAAAGAGAGUCCCUUGCCAGGACAAGCCAACGGUGUACUGGUUUUGGAGCGUCCCCUCCUCAUCGAGACCUACGUGGGAUUAAUGUCCUUCAUUAACAACGAGGCUAAAUUGGGUUAUUCCAUGACCAGAGGCAAAAUAGGCUUCUAGCUGCCCCCCAUGGGUGGACCUGGGGGCUCGGGCAGCAGACCUGAGGCUGGCUCCAAGGCCCCUGCAGGAUCGGGGCUGUUAACCCUUAGGGAGCACAGUGCAAGUAGAAUAGUCAAAUGGAUUCUAUACUUUAGCUGAAUCUUGAACAUUGGGUAAUAGGAGCUACAGACAAAGAGCAAAGUGAGUCUAGCCAUCCCCGUCUUGGCCAGUAUUCCAUCUUCUAGAGUUUAUUUCCGUGUCUUUCCUGGAGCGUCUGUGUGUGGCUUCUCGUGGCCCUUCCCUCGGCCCUCUAGCAUGUUAAUAAAUAUGUGCUCCCACCGGAACCUCCCUGCUAGCACUUCAACUGUGCAGAUGCCUAUACCUGGCGGAAGCCUUGAGACCCCGGUGCCUAGAGUUGCAAAUACCUUUCUACUUGGUGUCAAAUUUUAUAUUUUGAAAUGUAAUCCAUCUUUUUUAAAGCUUACUGCAAAACAAGCCAGCAGGCUAGUGAACUAAACCAGUCUGCCUUGUUGGCUCCUUAGUGAAUAGUAGCUUUGUGUAAAUAUGUUUGACCUAAAGUCCUACUUUUCCUAAAAUUACAGUGUUCAUACCUAUGGCAUCUUUCCCAGGCCCAGAAGUUUGCAGGAAGUCGUGUGUAGACAAUUCAUUGAUAUGAGAGUUACCUUGAUAGUUCUUUGCAAACAAUUUGACACCCAUGCCUGUUCCAGGUUUGGGUUGCCAUAGUUACAUUUAAAAUGGGUAUUGCUCAGUUUGUUUUUUAAGGAAGGGACCUUGUCAGAUUCUUGUCUCUCAUGCUGCUGACACUCGGCUGGGUCCCCACCGCGCCCAUGCAGACCCGAGGCCGCCCGCCUUGCCCUGAACACGCCCGAGCUGUGGCAGCCUGCAGAGCAUGUCCAUGGGAACUGCAGCACACUGCUCGUGCUCCCACCUGUCCUCGGCUUGCUGGCUUGACUAGGAGCGCUUGUUAUCAACUGAAGUGCUGGCUCACUGGUUUCUUCCUCCUUAUUUACAACUCUGGUGUAGCAUUAGUCGGCAUGGAUGUGAUCCAAAUGCAGCAGCCUGCUCAAAUUGGAAGGCUGCCUCCACACCACCUGGGUCUUGAGCAUUUGCUUUUGGUCUCGUAGUAAAGACAUUUACAGUUGAA